AAUAUGCCACCAAAGCCCGUUGCUGAGAAGAAGCCCUCCACCGGAGGCAAGGCCCCCGCCAAGACCGCUGCCUCUUCCGAGAAGAAGGAGCGCAAGACCAAGUCCGAGGGUGGCAAGGGACGCAAGAAGGCCCGCUCCGAGACCUACUCCUCCUACAUCUACAAGGUUUUGAAGCAGGUCCACCCCGACACCGGUAUCUCCAACAAGGCCAUGUCCAUCCUCAACUCGUUCGUCAACGACAUCUUCGAGCGCAUCGCCGGCGAGGCCUCCAAGCUCGCUGCCUACAACAAGCGUUCGACUAUCUCCUCGCGCGAGAUCCAGACCGCCGUCCGCUUGAUCCUCCCUGGUGAGCUCGCCAAGCACGCUGUCUCUGAGGGUACCAAGGCCGUCACCAAGUACACUUCCUCCAAGUAAAGGAUUGACCUGUGCUCGGCGUGUUUCAUCGACUCUCACCCGCCAACAACCCUCCGGUCCUGUGCGCCCUUGAACGACAACCUGUUUUAUAAUUCCCGACCAUCCAGCUCGCUCGUUUGUUUAAUAAGCCAAUGUCAUCCACUGACGUUCAGGAAGUCCAGACCGCGUAUUUCUCUUUGCUUCAUCCAAUUGUACAUCAUAGCCAGCUUUCUUUUUGUAGAAACAAUAAAACUAAAUCCAAAGCA